GCCACCCGGCUUGUGAUUGGUCCAGAGGGAGGGCGUGAGGGCGGGGCGAGGGGAGGUUCCCGGGUUGAGGCCAGAAGGGCAUCCUAGCCUGGCUGCCAAAGCGGGCUGAUUUUGGAAGCGGCUGUGUUAGUCCGUUUCUCCCGGGUUCAGGAUGGAGGCUGACCUGUCUGACUUUAACAUCGAUGCCCCGCGUUGGGACCAGUGCACUUUCCUGGGGCGGGUGAAGCACUUCUUCAAUAUCACAGACCCCCGCACGGUCCUGGUACCAGAGCAGGAGCUAGACUGGGCCAAAGUGAUGGUGGAGCAGAGCAGGAUGGGGACUGUGCCCCCGGGCACCCAGGUGGAGCAGCUUUUCUAUGCUAAGAAGCUGUACGACUCGGCCUUCCACCCUGACACUGGCGACAAGAUGAACGUCAUUGGGCGGAUGUCCUUCCAGGUCCCCGGUGGCAUGAUCAUCACGGGCUUCAUGCUCCAGUUCUACAGAACGAUGCCUGCAGUGAUCUUCUGGCAGUGGGUGAACCAGUCCUUCAAUGCCUUAGUCAACUACACCAACAGAAAUGCAGCUUCCCCCACGUCUGUCAGGCAGAUGGCUGUUUCCUACGUCACAGCCACAACCACCGCAGUGGCCACUGCUGUGGGCAUGAACAUGUUGACAAAGAGAGCUCCGCCCCUGGUGGGCCGCUGGGUGCCCUUUGCCGCCGUGGCUGCAGCUAACUGUGUCAACAUCCCCAUGAUGCGCCAGCAGGAACUCAUCCAGGGAAUCUGUGUGAAGGACAGGAACCACAAUGAGAUCGGUCAUUCCCGGAGAGCUGCAGCCAUAGGCAUCACUCAAGUGGUUAUUUCUCGGAUCACCAUGGCAGCUCCUGGCAUGAUUCUGCUGCCGGUCCUCAUGGAAAGACUGGAGAAGCUGCGCUUCGUGCAGAGAGUCCGGGUUCUGCACGCGCCUUUGCAGGUUCUGCUGUCUGGAUGCUUUCUCAUCUUCAUGGUGCCAGUGGCGUGUGGGCUGUUCCCGCAGCAAUGGUAUCAGCUGUUCAUUACCCACCUGUUUUCACUGAAUUGCCUGUCCUUGCUCUUCCUGACCUGCCCACUUUCCUGAAGGAGAGGGAGCAGCAGGCAGGGCAGCAUCUGUUCGGGGACAAUGAAUUGCCGGUUUCCUAUCUGGAACCCGAGCUCCAGGACACCAUCAAGGCCAAGUACAGAGAACCUGUGCCUCAUGUCUACUUCAAUAAGGGCCUCUGAAGGCCUCACCCCAGCACGGACCAGUCCAUACGCCAGCUUAGAGAGAACCUGUGCCUCAUGUCUACUUCAACAAGGGCCUCUGAGGCCUCACCCCAGCACGGACCAGUCCAUACGCCAGCUCCUCCUCAACUGCUGUGGAUCCCUGUGCCUCGUUCCUCUUUGCCGACGGCCUGCAGGCCAGCGUGGAUUCGGGGGGUGAGGGUGGCAGGGGGAGGAUGCCUCGUGCUUCUACCCAGGUACCUGGGUUCAUUGGACUCCAGGGGAUAAAAGCGACCAAGGGGAGAGAGGCCAAGGCUUCUAUCUGCUCUCCCUGAACCCCCAUCUCCUGGAGACCAGGAGCUAAGACCCCCUCAGGGAGAAGUUGUUAGGUCCUGAGGGUGACACUCAAGUAAAUCGUUUGGAAAAAUUAGGAAACCUGGGAUUCUGGUCCCAGCUGGGGUUGAGAAAGGACCCCCUUUCUCUUCCUCCUCAUCUGUUCUCAGUCAAGGGCACCCUUCCCGCUGGGAGGGGGUGUGGUUCUGGCUCCCUCAGGAAGAGGGAGGGGAGAGGCUGGGCCACCUUGGACCUCCUCUUUGCUCUUGCCCACUCUCCUCCCCAGGGCCCCCUGGGCAGAAAGCUUCUUUGGGAGUCUUGCUAAACUUGAGAGUUUUUAUCAGGCACCCAGGAGUUUUUAGUGCAAAGCGCCGUACCGCGCCCCCCCACCCCCCAAAAAAACAGGACAUAGUGAGGUAGCAGAGUUCCAUGGUGCUUCAAACCCUAUCUGUUGACACUGGCUUUGUUCUCCUAAAAUCAUAUCUGAUUCUGCUUCUCUGUGUCUGAAAGAUAAAACCACUGACUGUGAGUAAAAAGGACAUAGGUAAGCAUUAACUGCAUGUUUUAGUGGGUAUAAUUUCCUGGCUGCCUCCCUUCCUCAGCCCAUUGGGUUAAACACCAAAGAAAGACUGGUGUGGACUGAAUAGGAAAGGGAAGUUUUAUUUGGACGCCUCUGAGAGGAAACCAACCAGGACCAAAGAGCCUUAAAGGACACACAGCUAAGUGCGGCCACUCACCCUUCCCCACCAGGGUGCUCUAGGUUAUUUUGGAAGCCCUUGAGGGAGAGGGGGCUGCUGUAGCCAACCUGGGGCCAAUGUCUAUGAGUUUUGUCUAGUAGAAUUUACUGACUGAUCAAAGGGUAUCACUGUGAAUCGAAUACAUUUCCUGAAAGAGCACAAUGAACUGUCUGCACACUGAGUUAAUAAAACCUAGAUGGAAAGCAA